AAAGUUUUGAUAGCGUCUUUCAUACGAUAAUUAUCCAACAGCUGUUUGCGUAUUCACCGAGCGACCAAUCACGCGGCUGCAUUCACGCUCGUGCCAGUCCCUCGAGACGUGAACAGCCAAUAGGAUCCGCAGAGGGUUUUUUAAAUGUUCCCCGUGACGCCGCCCCCUCAGCGGUGCGGUGUUGUGAUGUCUGCGUUUACCGGAGACUUGCACUGAAAAACGAACUAUUACGGCUGAAACGGGACUGCAAAUAUCCACCAUUGGUCCUCCCCCGUGCUCCCCGUGACCCUGACAUGGCAAAAGGAAAGAGGAAUGUGCUAAGAACUGACAGAAAGCCCGAAGACAGCGUUCAGCACAAAGUUAGCUCCUCCCGGAACGAGACAAAGGAGAAUAAACCUUCUCCUAACAAGAGUUCCCAGCACAAAAACCAAUCCAUUGUCCAGCAUCUGCAGAGUCCAGCCAAAGCCCGCUCUCCCCUGGUCCAGUGCAGCAUGCUCAUCCAGGAGACCAACGACGCAGACCCCACCAGCUCUGACUGCAAGCUCCGAAAAGACAUACCUACAGAGGGUAAAUGUGACGCCAGUGAGCAGAAGACUCCGAGCUGUGCAGAGAUGGGAGAGAAGUCUGCAGCCACUGAGCUCAAAGAGUCCAGAGGCGAAACCAAAGCAGGCCCCAUGAAGGACAACAAGGCACCAGCGUCCAAGAACCGCAGUCGCGCUGCACACAAGAAGAGUGAAAAUAAAGCCCCACAAAAUAAGAAGGUGACAGACUACUUUCCAAUCAGAAGAAGCAACAGAAAGACCAAAGCAGAGCUGAAGAGUGAAGAACACAGACACCUGGACGACCUCAUAAAGAACGGUGUGGAAGAGGGAAUGGAGGUGAAGGAGAUCGAGGGGAAGGGCAGAGGAGUGUUUGCAGUGAAGGGCUUUAAAAAGGGUGACUUUGUGGUGGAGUACUCUGGAGAUUUGCUGGAGUUGUCUGAGGCCAAAGCCAGGGAGGCGCAGUACGCCCAGGACCCCUCCACAGGCUGCUACAUGUACUACUUCCAAUACCAGACCAAGACCUACUGUGUGGAUGCUACAAAAGAGUGCAGCCGUCUGGGCAGACUCCUCAACCACAGCAAGAGCGGGAACUGCCAGACCCGCCUGCACCCCAUAGACGGGACCCCCCACCUCAUCCUGGUGGCCUCCAGGGACAUCAGUGCCCACGAGGAGCUGCUCUACGACUAUGGAGACCGCAGCAAAGCCUCCAUCUCUGCUCACCCCUGGCUCAAGUACUGACCCAACCACCUCACCCGCCCACUCACCCACUCACCCACGCAACCCACACCUCAAGCACGCCUUUUACCACUACUCCAUGGGUUUUAAAUGGAGCCGAGAGCUUCCUGUAUAUUUUUGCUACAGUUUUAUAGAAUGCUUUUAUAUUUUUCUCUUGUAUUGAGUCGAUGCUUAAGGAGCAUUAGCUAGUGUGAAAUAUUGUCCAAUGAAUUUCAUAGACUGUCAUUGUAACUUAUUACUUGUAUUCAAAGAAUAAACUGUUUUCCAUGCUAGCUCCAGAUGCAUGUUGAAAAUAUGAAAUUAAACCUGGAAAACCUU